CACAGCUGCAAUGCUCGAUUCUUUAUUGAGAAUCUUCUCAUUCCGCACAACUAUCGACAUGUUGCUAAUAUUGCCUCAAGAACAAAUUCGUAGUAUGUCGUCUUAUGGAGUUUGCCUGCCAUCUAUUUUAGAGGCUGUAAGGGUGGCAUUGGGAUGCUCGGAAGUCCACAUGGUCUGAAGACAUGCGAUGCUGAAAUCGGUGCUUCCGGAAGCGACUGUUGCAAGCUCGCCUUCCGGGGCGCAGAUUUACUCGUCGACAGGUCCCUUACUCGACUAUUAUUGUGGCACAAGUUAAGAUGAGUGUUAUCUUUGGCAUUCUACUCAGGCUUCUGCUCGAGAGACCAGGGCGCACGAUGGUCGUUAGAACAGAGAUAUCAAAGAAAUGCCAAAACCCUCCGAUCCUACCCACGACUGUCCUCCGCCACCAAGUCCAUGAUCAUCCUGCUACUGGUGAACAGUAUAGCAUCAUAGUUCAAGUUACCAACUGCGCAAUACAAGACUACAUCUCUCAGAGUGCCGCAUGCUGUCCAUUGCGCUAUGAUCCGACACUGAUUGGACUGGAACCUGUAGCGCGCGCAUUCGUGUGAUGCCAUCCGUGCUUGCAUCAGCCUGACUGGGGCACUCAAGGCCCAUCUCUGGAGUAUAAAAUCAGAAAGAACAAAACCAGCCAUGUGGUCCAUCGUCAAGGUGCUUUCUGCUCUUGCUCUGCCGCUCCUCGUCCGGGCAACCCCAACUCCCGAGCCCCGCGCCAUGAGUCGGGCUGGCCAAGGGUCGAUCUGCUCGACCAAGAAGUUCAACAUCGAGGCCAUGUUCGACGAAAUGCUCGGCGCCGACAACAAGCUGACAAAGCCGGUCGCAGAGUACCCGACCUUCGUUGCUCUGUCGGUCGGCUACCAGAACUACAGCUGCCUCGACAACGGCACCUGGUUCAACAUCGGCGCUGUUACCGAGUUGUUCGACAUCUCCUGCAUUCCCGAUGAGAGCAUCGCCCCGUUCACGACUUUCGUCGCCAAUUUCUGGGAGGCCGCCGGCGAGGGCGUGUCCCCGCAGGAGGUCAUCGACCUCGCGACGCAGGGUGCAAGCUCGAACUUCUCGCUCGGCAUCCACUACUGGAUCCCCAGUCCGCUUGAGCCGUCGAACCCGCUCGCGAUCAGCUCCGUCUGGGACUUUAGUCAACAGCGCCUGAAGGGCGAUCCGAACGUGAAGAACGCGUUUGUUGUCGGCGGCGACACGGCGAUGGUACCUUCGCCGGAAAACGCUACGUUCGACGCGCCCUGGAUCAGCUCGGCCGUGAUCACGCUCGACGGCAAGAAGGACGGUAUGCUUGCGGACCAGAUCUACCGCAUCCACUGCAACGAUGGAAACUAUCCCCCUGGGACCUGCACUCCCGGCCAGCCUCAGGCUCUCGUCAAGUCCACGCUGAACUUCUGGAUGUACGGUGGUGCUUGGGCUGACACCAUCUUCUAAGCGAUAGAGUUGCCGCUUGAGGUGAGAUGCGGGCUACACGAAUGUCUGGCCCGGGCCAUGGUCCUUCGAUUCAGUGAUUUCCCUCCCGAUAUCUCAACCCAGUUGAUAAGGUGUUAUAUUUGUGGCAGUUCGAGUAGUACAUACUCCAGUAGAACUCUAAUUCUCCCAAACCUGAAUCGAGCUAUGGUGCUUGUCCAUCUAGUCUAAUUUGUGCGCCACUGUUCUCGCCAAUGG